AUGGCGGCCCACACAAUGCAGUGUAGGCCACACUUGGAGAGGCCAGUUGGUGCCUUUGUCCUCUGCCCUCAGCUAUGGGAGCAGUGGAAACAUCUGGAUCUUGCACAGAAGAAACACUACUGGGACAUCAUGCGGGAGAACUAUGGAAACAUGAUCUCCCAGGUGAGGGCAGCCCAGGGCUCUCCACAGUUUGGAGUCUUUGGGACCCCAGAGAUCAGGAGAGGAACCCUCAAGAGAGCAGAGACCAGGGAUUCCCACCUGGGCGUGCACCAGGUCACCCACACCAGGGAGAAGCUAUAUGACUGUGCCUUCUGUGGAAAGGGCUUCAGUUGGAACUCCAGUCUGAAGAGACACCAGAGAGUCCACGCUGGGGAGAGACCCUACAAGUGCUUCUGCUGUGGAAAGGGCUUUUGGCGUAGUACCCAGCUGGCUGUCCACCAGAGGACACACCCAGGGGAGAAGCCCUACAUCUGUAACCAGUGUGGGAAGAGCUUCAGCCAGCUUUCAGGGCUCUGUGGCCAUAAGACAAGCCAUGUGACCCAGAGACCCCGCCUCGGGGCUGGUGUCCUGACGAUGCCUUCAUAG